AUGAGGCUCGCUGCCGCGGUGCUGCUCUUCCUGCCACUGGCUGUAUUGCCAGGUCCUGCCUCGGCGACGAGAGCUGUGGCAUUGGUGCGGCGUGGCUUCCAUGGGUGGAAUGCGACGACAACAUCAGUCGCUUCAAAUCCUACGCCAGCUCAGAUAGACACUGGCUCGAGCAAAGUUGCUACUUCACAUGUACCGUUGGGCCUCAUUUCGUCACAGGCCGCAAGUUCCUUCGUCACCGAGGCGAAGUCGGCUCACGAUAGUUCGUCCACGCAAUCUCAUGGCUCUGUGGGUCAACCGGAGGACCCGGUGUCGCCUGCCCAGAUUCGCACUCUUGCGAUGCCUCCCGAGCAAUCACACGAUGCUCUUACGAAACCGUUGCCACCUGGACAGCCGUACCCGCGUCCGCUGUCGAGCUUUCGACCCAAGUACUUGAACACAACUACGAGACUCGAGCAAUCUGCGCCAUCGCCCACCGUCGAUAACUCAGCAGAUGGCUCUUUCAAGAUUGCCAUCACCUCGGCGCCUUUCUCUGCUGGUCCUCUCUCGCUCGCCCCAGAACCCUCCGGAUCCUCAGAACAGUCAGCCUCGCCUAGACGCCGUCCCCGGCCCCCGGUCUAUCCGCCACUCAACCUGACUAGUACGACAACGAACCUGGUGAAUAGCAGCGAUGGGCAGUCUUCCACUGAGACAGCAGAUGACUGUUCCACGCCUGCCAGUGGUUCCAAACCGACGACGUACCUCAUCGUCUUUACAGCAACGACAACGUUCUUCGGCGACCCCGCCGACUAUGUGCCUGCCUUCCCUCCCAUCGAAACGCCUGUUGCAUGCGUAUCACCAACGCAGACGCCGCUUCACCCUGAUGAGGUAGGGGAACCCGGUUUCGGGGAAGAAGCCCCCGGUUUUGGGGAAAACGAAAACGAAGAGCCAAUGCUUACAACGUUUUGCUUCACCUCUCUGGAUUGGGUAGCCUGUGCGACCGACAUUGUCCAUCCUCCUGGGGCCGUUUCCGUUCCAGGCCACAAGGAGCCUGGUACUGUCACUUUCAUCACCACGGACAAGAAUCCCGCCGUUGUGUUUAGCCCGAUGACCACGCCCAACUAUGGAAAAGACACGAAGAAUCCGCAUGCCGCAGACCAUCACCCUGCCGAUGGUACAAGGCCCCAGAGACCUCACCCGGCUAAUCCAGACGGACCGAAAGAUCUCCCUCACAUUGACAAGCAGCCUGCUGCUAUCACUUUCCCAGUCACCUUGGAGCCAACAAGAGUGAUCAUAGGCGACCAGACCAUCUCUUUACUGCCUACUCAGACAACGACAGUGACAGUGAGCGGCGAACCCUUCGAGAUCAACCCUACUCAAGUUAUCGGGGGCGGCAGCACUAUCGAAAGGCCGUGGAACGGGGGAGACGGCAGUGGGUUCUGGAUCGGCCCAGGCGGGAACGCCGGUUCUGAGGCAGUUCGAAGUGGUGGGCCGCCCGGGAACACCGGAGGCCACGGACCAGUCGGUGGGCCAUUGCCUCCUGCGACUACGACCGUUGGUAAUGUCCCUGUCGUAGUCGGGCCGCCAGGCUCCACGCCUGUGGUGAUUAUCGGCGAGAUGACUAUCUCCGUUCCGCCCCGCGGGACGACAGUGACUGCUGUGGUUCAAGGUACGACGGUCACGGUCGACCAGACUGCGAUUCGUUUCCCGAGUGCAACGGUCCCCAUUCAUGCAGCGACUGCGCAGGCUGUUGAAACGGAGCAUGUGGUUGUCGGCGGCCAGAUGAUCACUGCCAUAGGCUCGACGGUGGUGGUCAUCCAUGAGACAACCAUCACCUAUGGGCCGGGGAUAGCAGUUCGAACGGAAGAAGUUGAUGGUGGGACUGUCACCAUAGGGCCUAAUGGCGUCGUGGUCGACGAGCAGACGAUCGGCGGCCCCAACGCUGGACCGAAGCAGACGGCCUACGAGAUCGUCGGCGGUGUGACCAUUACACAAGUCGGCGCUUCGAUCGUGGUGAUCGAAGACUCGACGUGGACCAUUGGACCCAAUGCCCACACUACCUACACGACGGAGAUCAGGGGCGAGACGAUCAUCAUCUCUCCCGAGGGCGUCACGGUCGAAUCGCUGAGCUUCACCUAUCCAUUUGGGCCGACGGUCGUCACAUCGAUCAAAGCUACUCCAACCGCGACGCUCACGGACCCCUCAGCCUCGCAGACACAGAGAAGCACGGACAACGGGGCUUCAGACGGUGGGACUGCUAAUGGCGACGAUGAUGAUGAGGGUGGUGGACUAGGUUCGCAUGAGGCGCUCGGCGGAGCGUUGUACAACUUGAUAUUUUGCAUGCUGUUUGGCGUUUGGAUCAUCUUAGGGUAUUCAAAAUGGGAGGGCGUUGGCUGCGCAAGGCGGCGCCCAUAA